UCUCCCGUUAACGGUUAAAUCAACUUGCAUUUCGUUUUACCUCAAACAACACAUUAGUUUAGCGGUUUAGUUAUUUUUAUUUUUAAUUUAACAACGUACAGAUUUGAGAGUAAAUUUUUAUUUUCGUGAUUUUAGAGUGAUUUGACACAUCUAAAUCAACGGGGUUAUAUCUAAAAACGGAGCUGCGCUAUACUUCUCUGGAGGCUGGAGAUAUCCACAGGGAAGCUGGCCAGGUUUGCUGAUGGAUGUUCUGUGGUUAAGCUGGGUGAAACAUCUGUGAUGGUGACAGCUGUCAGUAAGACCAAACCAUCUCUCUCUCACUUCAUGCCUCUUGUGGUAGAUUACAGACAGAAAGGUGCUGCCGCAGGUCGAAUCCCCACCAACUACCUGAGACGAGAGCUGGGCACCACAGACACUGAGAUCCUCACCAGCAGACUCAUCGAUCGCUCCAUCAGGCCGCUGUUUCCUGCCGGAUACUUCUAUGAGACACAGGUGCUGUGUAAUAUAUUAGCUGCUGACGGAGUGAAUGAUCCUGAUGUUCUGGCCAUUAAUGGAGCAUCUGCAGCUCUGGCUCUGUCUGAUAUUCCCUGGAAUGGACCAAUCGGUGCGGUGCGUGUCGGUCUCUCAGGUGGAGAGUUUAUCGUUAACCCGACGCGCUCGGAGAUGAACGGCAGCUCUCUGAAUCUUGUGGUGGUGGGAGCCGCCUCCAGUCACGUGGUGAUGCUGGAGGCGGCGGCGGAGAACGUCCUUCAGCAGGAUUUCUGUCACGCGGUGAAAUUAGGGGUCAAACACACGCAGCAGAUCAUUCAGACCAUCCAACACAUGGCAAAAGAAAUGAAAGUGAUCAAACGCACACCAGCCAAACUCUUCACCGCAUCAGCUGAUGUGCUGGAGUACACACGACAAUUGGCGUCUGAUCGGAUCUACACCGUCUUCACAGACUUCACACAUGAUAAGAUAUCCCGAGAUGAAGCCAUUAAUAAAGUCCGUUUGGAGACAGAGGAACACGUCAGAGAGAAGUUUCCACACUGUGAGGCGUUUGACGUGUUGGAGGCCUUUAGCAGCGUCUCUAAAGACAUCUUCAGGAAUGUGGUGCUGAAUGAAUACAGACGCUGUGACGGCCGGGAUCUGACUGCAUUGCGGAACAUCUCCUGUGAGGUGGACGUCUUCAAACCGUUACACGGCUCGGCUCUUUUUCAGAGGGGUCAAACGCAGGUGCUGUGUACAGUAACGUUCGAUUCUAUGGAGUCAAGUGUGAAAGCAGACCUGAUAACAACAGCACUCAGUGGGAUCAAGGACAAGAAUUUCAUGCUGCAUUAUGAAUUUCCUCCAUAUGCAACCAAUGAGAUCGGAAAAAUUGGUGGAAUGAACAGACGACAGCUCGGACACGGAGCGCUGGCAGAGAAAGCCUUGAGACCCGUCAUUCCCACAGACUUUCCCUUCACCAUCCGUGUCACAUCUGAGGUGCUGGAGUCCAACGGAUCGUCCUCGAUGGCUUCAGUGUGUGGUGGGAGUUUAGCGCUCAUGGAUUCAGGCGUUCCAAUCUCCUCUGCGGUUGCAGGAGUUGCCAUCGGCCUGAUAUCCAAAUCCAGUCCAGAGAACUCAUCAGAAAUCACAGACUACAGAUUACUGACUGAUAUUCUGGGAAUAGAAGAUUAUAACGGAGACAUGGAUUUUAAAAUGGCAGGAACAAGUAAAGGCAUCACAGCUCUUCAGGCUGAUGUAAAAAUCCCAGGACUUCCAUUAAAGAUCGUCAUGGAGUCGAUACAGCAGGCCACAGUGGCUAAAAAAGAGAUUUUGGGGAUCAUGAAUAAGACAAUAGUUAAAGCCAGGAGCUCCAGAAAGGAGAACGGGCCUGUGAUUGAGAAUAUUACAGUACCUUUGUCAAGAAGAGCUCGCUUUAUAGGUCCAGGUGGUUAUAAUCUCCGCAAAUUACAGGCCCAGACAGGCGUGACAAUAAGUCAAGUGGACGAGGAGACGUUCUCUUUGUUUGCACCCACUCCCAGCGCCAUGAAUGAAGCCCAGGAGUUCAUGAGAGAAAUCUGCAAAGAUGAUCAGGAAGAACAGUUGGAGUUUGGGGCCGUAUACACAGCCACCAUAACAGAGAUCAGAGACAUUGGUGUGAUGGUGAAGCUGUAUCCUAACAUGAGCGCUGUACUCUUACACAACUCACAGCUGGACCACAAAAGAAUUAAACAUCCCAGCGCUCUUGGACUUGAGGUCGGACAGCAGAUCCAGGUGAAGUAUUUUGGUCGAGACCCGACAGACGGUAGAAUGAGAUUGUCCCGUAAGGUUCUUCAGUCCCCAGCAGCGACUGUAGUGAAGACUCUCAGCGACAGACACAGCAUCUCUAUAGGAGCAUCUCAUGAUCACAUCACAGACUCAUAAAGCCCUGCUUAUACACAACCUCAUGACUGCAGAUUUGAUAAUAAAUGCUCUUAUUAUGACAAA